GGCCGGGCGGCAGACUUUGCCUCCAGCCUCUAUAAAAGGUAACGGCGGCGUGAGUCAGAGCCGCCGCCUCCUCCCCGCCCGCUCUCACGUACGCGCCGCCGGGCGGGCGGGCGGGCAGGCACGGAGCCGCCGCCGGCCGUCCCGCACCCGCGCACUUGCUGGAGAUGAGCCGCGCCGCGUUGCGGGUCACCCUCCUGCUCCUGGCCGCCCUGGGCCGCCCCGGCGCCGGCAGCGAGCACGACGAGGAGCACGGCGGCCAGGACAACCCGAGCUCCCGGGAGAAAGGUCCUGGCCACAGUCACUGGAGCUAUGAAGACCGGGAGCACUGGGGUGUGGACUACCCAGACUGCGCGGGCACCGUGCAGUCACCCAUCAACAUUGACACAGCCAAGACCAUCUUCAGCCCCCAGCUGCGGCCGAUCCAGCUCUCUGGCUACAGCCUACCUGCCAAUGAGAAGCUCAAGCUGAGGAACAAUGGGCACACAGUUCUCCUCGAGCUGCCCGAGUCACUGGCCAUCACUGGCGGCUAUGCCCAGCAGUAUCGAGCCGUGCAGCUGCACCUGCACUGGGGCUCCCCGUCAGGACCUGGCUCGGAGCACACCGUCAACGGGCACCGCUUUGCUGCGGAGAUCCACGUAGUCCACUACAACACCAAGUAUGACAGCUUUAAGGAGGCAAUGGUCCAUCCAGAUGGCCUGGCCGUAUUGGGAGCCUUCCUGGAGGUCGGGCCAAGGGAGAACCCUUACUAUCAGGAAAUACUUGAGCAUCUGUACAAAAUCCAAAGAGAAGGUGAGGAAGUCUUGGUGCCUGGAUUCAACAUUGCAGGUCUGCUGCCUGCCAACCUGAAACUGUACUUCCACUACAAUGGCUCUCUGACCACCCCUCCCUGCUACCAGACGGUGAAGUGGACAGUCUUCAACCAGACCAUGCUGCUCUCUCAUGACCAGAUGUCAAUGCUGGUGAUGAGCCUGAGAAAUGACGACAGCAAACCUCUGCAGAACAAUUACCGGAUGAUACAGGACCUGCACAGGCGACGGGUGCUGUCAAGUUUCCAGACCACCCUCUUUUCGGUGAAGCAGCUGCCUCCUGGUAGCGACAGCUCAGCAACAACAGAAGGACAAUCCAGCUCUUCAUUUCACGCAGGGGAUGUGCUGGCCGUGCUCUUUGGGGUGCUCUUUGCCAUCACAGCACUGGCCUUCCUGCUGUACAUCUACAAGCACCGCAGCCAGAAUGCACGGCUGGACUCACCAACCAAAUCCAAGGUCAUCUACACAGCAGCCACCACGGAGAACACUGCGUGAGCCCUGCGCCUCUGCAGCAGUCCCAGCCCUGCCAGUUCAGCCUGCCACCCCACUUCCCCUCACUCUCACCUGCAGAGAGGGCCAGUGCUCCAGCAUCCCUCAGCUGCACAGGCUGCCCACACAGACUGUUUGCCUGGGGCAGCACCUGGCCCCAGCAGAUACUUUUUUGUUAUAAAAAAAGGUAAAAACGUAUUAAAAAAAAAAAAGUAAAAGCC